CAAACAAUGAAUAUUUGCCUUCAAUCUCCUGACCACACAGCAUCUGUCGUCUUUGAAGCCCGAGGCCGCUAGACAUCAUGUCUUUACCAUCCAAGCCCCCUACCACCGUCAUCAUCAUCGGGGCCGGAAUCUCAGGCCUGGUCACCGCCUGUCAACUGAAACGCACCUACAACCUGGACAACUACUGUAUCUACGAUCGACAGCCUGGUGUAGGAGGAACGUGGUGGGUGAACCGAUAUCCAGGUUGUGCCGUGGACGUGCCAGGGUUCUGCUACACCUUCUCCUUCGCCCCGAACCCUGACUUCAGCGAAUGGUUCCCUUCACAGGCCGAGAUCCUGGACUACCUGACCGGCAUCGCAGACCGCUACGACGUCACGCCACAUUUCACCGGCAACACCGAAUGGGUCGGUGCCGCCUGGCGGGACACCACCCGCACCUGGCUGGUCACCUUCCGGGACCUCUCGACCGGGCAGCAGUUCACGCAGGAAUGUCGGAUCCUGAUCUCGGCUGUCGGGGCGCUCGUCAAUCCGCUCCCAUUCACGGCCCCAGGCAUUGAGCAAUUCGAGGGACAGAUCAUUCACACCGCAAGGUGGCGCGAGGACGUGGACCUGCGUGGCAAGAAGGUGGCGGUUAUAGGCAAUGGAGCAUCGGCUAUCCAACUAGUGCCUGCAAUCAGUGAGCAGGCAAGCCACGUUACCCAAUUCAUGAGGACACCGCACCACAUUGUCCCGAGCACGAACUACGGCAUCACCGAAGCAUGGCGAGCGGUCUUCCGCUAUCUCCCGUUUCUGCUGUGUUUGCUCCGGUGGGCGAUGUUUGUGUACAUGGAAACCGGGUUCUCGCAGUUCCAGCGCAGCAAAGAGGGUCGUGUGAAUCGAGCAAGCGCCGAGAAAUCGAGUCGGGAGUAUGUACACAAAGCUGCGCCGGAAAAAUACUGGGAUUUGCUAAUACCGCAAUACGAGUUCGGCUGUAAGAGACGGCUGUUCGACCGGAGCUAUUCUGCAGCUUUACAUCGAAACAAUGUUCGCCUAACGAACGACCUCAUCGCUGAGGUCAAGCCACGCUCAAUCGUGACACAUUCCGGGGAGGAAAUUCCAGCCGACCUGAUCCUUUUGGCAACGGGAUUCGCCCUGACGCACUACGAAACGCAGCUUCGGGGCCGGCAUGGCCGAACGCGUGAAGAGCACUGGCAACAGUAUGGAUCCAAGGCCGCCUUCAAGUCGAUAGCCAUGAGUGGAUUCCCGAACUUCUUCUAUGUGCUGGGCCCGAACUCGGGCGGGGUCCACACGUCGACGACAUUCCAGAUUGAAAGUUACGUGGACAUGAUCAUCGCUUUGAUCAGACCGGUGCUGCUGAACCAGGCUGCUCUGGUUGAAGUCAAGCUCGGUAGUGAGAAGGAGUAUACUGACGAGCUUCAUGCGGCGAUUGAUCGCACAGUACAUGACAGCUCCUGCUCUAGUUUCUUCAUCGACAAGUUGACGGGCAAGAAUUGGUUCCUCUACCCUUGGAACUCUCUCCACCUCUGGCGGUCCACACACUGGGAUAUCUCUGCGGAUUGGAUCUACGAACGGUGAAGCUAGUGUACUUUCUCUCUUUUUUUUUUUUUCCCUGGAUUGAUUUUGUUCUUCCGGAGCCAUCCGAGCAGGUGUCAUUCCGUGGGUUUGGGGCUGGCUGGCUGAACGCGCUUCGGCUGGCGAGAUUUCAGCCACAUUUCUUUUAGCGUCAUGCCAGGCGUCCCUUUGCGGUUAGUUCGAUCUGUUGGUCCUGUAUAAGCAGCAUGUUUGGUGGUCUCGGUCAUGGUAUUUGCAAGUUUGAUAGAUCAAGGUAAUUUUGCUGUAUUGUUUGUACUAGUGUGCUGCGGUGGGAGAUCUUUUUCGACAGUGCUAGGGGAAGAGAACAAGCCUCUUGGUUACGGCAUUGCCGAUACGGCUCAGCUGU